UUGGUAUCUCAUCAUUGACGACAGAUAUUGAUCUACAAUCACCAUCCGUGCGACCGACCGACCCUCUCCUCCUACUCCUCAACCCUCCCACUGAUGAGACACCGCCAUGGCGUCCCGUAAAAUCCAACAAGAGAUCGAUAAGACGUUCAAAAAGGUCGACGAAGGGAUCGCCGCCUUUGACGCCAUCUACGAAAAGAUCAAUUCCUCCACAAAUGCCGCACAGAAAGAUAAACUCGAGGACAACCUCAAGAAAGAGAUUAAAAAGCUGCAGCGGUCGCGAGACCAGAUCAAGACAUGGGCCGCUGGCAACGAGAUCAAGGACAAGUCAGCGUUGCUGGACCAGCGGAAGCGGAUAGAGAAGUGCAUGGAGAUCUUCAAACAAGUCGAGAAGGAGAUGAAAACAAAGGCUUUCUCAAAAGAGGGCUUAUCACAGAACAUCAAACAGGAUCCGCGAGAAAAGGAACGAGAUGAACUGGCCGAGUUUUUAUCUGAUCAACUAGACGAGAUCAACAGAAUCCUGACUGAGGAGUUGGAGCCUGAAGCCAAUACGUUACAAGUUGCGCUCAAGAAGAAACAGAAGGACAGCAGCAAAGCUGAUCGACUCUCCGAGAUUGAGUUGAUUACCGAAACCUACAAGUGGCAUGAAUCACGGUUACAACUUCUGCUUCGAUCGUUACAGAACGGCAAUGUCGAAAACGAGUUGGUGGCGGCGAUCAAGUCGGAAAUCGAAGAGGUGGUCAAGGAUGGUCGUGAACCGGAGUUCGAACCCGAGGCGUACGAAGGAAUCUACGACGAAUGCAACCUCGACAGCGAGGAAGCGCAAUACGGCUUGAAUAACGAAUUGGACCGAGUGUCAUCGCAGGAUGCUCAAUCGGUCCAGGAAGAUAUCGAACCGGAUCCUGCGCCUCUGAAAAAGUCCAAAGCCGAACACUCCUCAGCCCGGAGACCGUCGACACAACUCAAAUCACCCUUACCCGCACUGGCCACACUAAACAACAUGCCUCCACCUCCGUCAAUACCCAAAGACAGUACAAUGAAGCCUGCUCCUUUACCCAGCCGGUUACCUGGAGAAACACUCAAAUACGCUUCGGCUGCGGCGGCUGCAGCUGCGAGCGAUAAGAGUGGUGUUGGUAUAGCGCCCUUACCACCGCCUGUCAGCACAGCUCCUCCUACAACGUCACAUCCUUUACCAGCCCCGAUCAAGUCGUCAGCGACCAACUCUCCAGCAUCAUUAACCGCCCAGCUAGUAUCCAAGCAUGCCUCCCCGGUACCGACGGCUGCAGGACUGGAUGGACCUGGGUCACAGGCGCAUUCAAGCCAUUCCAAGUCUCCUACACUGAGCUCUGGUAGUGCCCAGGCUGUAAGUGUGUCCAAUAGCGUUCCUCCGACCCCGGCGAUGGAGAAAUCCGAGGCGAUCCAAGAACCAGUGAUUGCAGAUGAGCUGGCGGGUGCGAAUGGUGAGGGCCACGAAGAUUCAUCUGCUGUGGAAUCAAUCUAUCACCUGCCGCCGGGGCUGCAAGAUCUGUUGGAUUCGUUCGAGACCACCAAGACCCGAGCUGCUCAGCCUCCUUCACAGCUGGCAAGGUUACUACACGCAUCUCAGGAGUUCUGCCCAGAACCGGCCGACGGUGACAAGCCUGAGCACUACCGACCAACGUUCAAGCACAAUACCCCCGCACACUACCCACAAGAUGUCCUGCCCAUCUUUGAUGACCCAGCACUGUACGAGAAUCAGAGACUGGAGACGGACACAUUGUUCUACAUUUUUUACUAUCGUCAGAACACCUAUCAACAGUGGUUGGCGGCACGUGCGCUUAAGCAGCAAUCAUGGCGGUUCCAUAAGCAGUACCAGACAUGGUUUCAGCGACAUGAAGAGCCCAAGCAGAUUACUGAGGAGUACGAGCAGGGGACAUAUCGUUUCUUUGAUUAUGAGAGCACGUGGAUGAACCGUCGCAAGGCUGACUUCAAAUUUGUGUACAAAUUCCUGGAGGAUGACUUGUAGGAUAUGGGAUUGACAUGUUAGCCGAGUGGCUGGGUCCACACAUCGACUGACGGAUCGGGGCUUUGAGGACAUCCACACUUGAUCAUAACGAAACACAGCCGGGUCUUGAGCAUGCCGUGCCGUCAAACCGAUGUAUUUGAUAGCACUGACAUGGCCGACUUGGGGUAUGAAAUCCAUUCCGUGAAACUCUACCUGGCAUGAGAGCCACGAGAGUGCAACGUGAAAUCAAUCAAUCGGUUCAUGGAACAACUGGGGUGCUCAAGAGUAUCUCUGCAUGUUUGUGUGUGACAAUACCGUCUGCUUUGCUUGUUGCUGUGAAGUCCCUCCGCCUCAUUUGUCUGCAAUCCAUGUUUGAUAGAGGAUGUGGGAGGAGGAAAGAGCAGAUGAGGACGGCGUAGAUGAUCAUACCAGAUGUUCCUGCCUUGGAUGCCGUGGCUGUGAAGCGUAGUUAAAAAAGGCAACCACGUUAGCGUUG